AUGACCGACGAAGGACGACAAAUAACGGAGGAGGAGCAUAUCGAUGGCCCGCAGCAGACGGGAAAGGUUGCAAGGGAUCGUGCAGGGGUAGUGCCAGGUGUGGGGGAGGAAACCGUCGCAAAAUACGUUCCCGGAAACAAGAUUCAAAUCACGGAAGUCGUCGCCAUGAAGCAAAAGAAAAAGAAGCUUUAUGUCGCGUUCAGCCGAAGAACCUUAAACAAGAAGAUAGAGUACCAAUUGACUGAGACGGCUGGCGAUACCACAAAACUCUACAUGAACGGGAAGUGGUUUCCUCAGGAUCAAGUCUAUGUGUUCCCAGCUGAGAAUGUCAACUCCUCUUACAUCAUGAGUUCUCCCCCAGCAUCACCGAAUGAGAAGGAGUUCUCCAGUCCCUGUACACGGCACUCCAAUGCGUCAUCAUCAUCCACUCUUCGUUCUAGCAUAACUCUCAAGUCGCUACGACACGUAGCAAACAGCUUCGGACUGUUGCUACCAAGAAAGAAGCCAGCUGAUGUAGAACAGCAGGCUGACUCUACAGUUGGCGAAGACGAAGACGAUGAAGAAGGUGAUGGGCCUAUCUUCCCACCGGGUGGGUCAGGGCCGUAUCCAACUAAAGUGCGAACACUGGAAAAAUGUCCGAAUGGCUACGCACGACUCGCAGCCUUCAAUGCAAGUGAACAAAACUUCAUGCUCUACCGCGGCUUCAGCAGCGUUCACGCACGCCUCCUCUUAAGUCUUCAAGCCAGUAUUCAGAAGCUCGAAGCCGAGCUAGACGGCAUUGACCGCUUCCAUGACACCCUUCCCGAGGCCUAUAAGAAGCGCUUGCGAUCCUGGGAUCUCGACGUCGCAGCCUGCAGACAAGAGAAAGAGGAAGCAAAGGAAGACGGAGACGAAGACGAAGUCCGGACGCGAGAAGAUAUCCUAGAGGAACUGAGAAUCAAAGUGAACCGGUACGACGAGCUACUGAUCAAAGCGAGAGAGCUCAUCUCUUUCCAACGGCCGACCGAACGUGAUUACCAGAGCGUGAGGAACUGGUUUCACAAUAUUGCGCCCCUCGUCGACGAGGAGCAAGAUUAUAUAUUGUGGAAAGAGGAUAUCGUGACGCUCAGACAUGGGAGGGAGUGGGCAGGCUUUGACGGCAUGGUCGAAGCGAUGUUACAUAAGAUAGACAGCCCACCUAUUCAAUGGCUCUUUCGGACCGAUGAUCAGAGGCGUAAAUCCACAGAUAAGAGAAAUUACUAUUUUGCUCCUUCAAGAGUGUCGACGCUGGUAAAUCUCUGCAUUACUAUUGCGCUUUUCUUGCUGCUGGUAGCUCCGGUGUUGGCGAUGUAUCGUCUCUCAACUUUCAAGACUACCGAGUGCGUAUUCGCAGCCAUCGGGGUUUUGAUGGUCUUCACGUUGCUGUUUGCUGCAGCUAUGUCGCUGCUCACGAAGGCGAAGAGGCAUGAGUUAUUUGCUGCAGCCGCAGCGUAUUGUGCCGUCUUGGUGGUUUUUGUUGGGUCCACUAACUUCAAUUGA